UCCACGUUAAUCGCCGAGCGUUCAUCACUCUUCAAAACCCUUCUCCUUUAAUCCUUUCUUUGUCUCUCCAGCUUUGAAUUCAUGGCGCAUUGCGGCUUACUCGGAGCCGAAAUACGGUGGAAAACAAGGAAGAAAAUGCGAGAGAAUGUCUCCGAUGAACGAGGCCAACAAAAUGGAACCCUAAGUGUUCUUCUCCAAGACCCUUUCGAGGUUUUGGGUUCUGAUCUAUUAUUGGCAAUUCUGGGCUACGUUGAUUCACGCAGCGUGGCACUUUCUCUUCUUGUCUCUCGAUCCUGGUAUAGAAUUGCUUCCAGCGAUUCCCUAUGGAGUUCUAAGUGUGUGGAACUGUGGCUUGGGAAAGCACAUAUCCCUAGAUUGGCGCAAACCCGAGGUCUUCCAAAGAUGGCUGCCUAUUCGUUAUCUGUCAUGGAUGGCAAUCGGACUCGCAUUAUGAGGGAGGAUUUAUGUGACCACGCUUGGAAAUUUCACUUCAAUAAGGAAGCUCCUGUAUACUGGCGGGAUCUUGAUCCGUAUUGGCAAGGCAGCCACCAUCUCAUGCGUCGUUACUUCCAUCUCGAUGGGAGCCAAACUGCAGAUCCUGAUGACAGAGUAUGGGGUGGCCAUGAAUGCUGCUUUUCCACUGUAACCACCAUUGUUAGUGAUGGGAAGAUCAGAGAACACUAUGUGAGGAUUAACAAAUGGCCAAGGAUGUUGGUGUCGAGGAAUGAAGAUUGGAGCUGGGAGAUGUCGAAUCACUUCACCUCGUACUCAAGCAUACCUGAUGCUGAGAAGGACGGUGGGACAGGGCCACUUUAAAGUAACAUAAUCAAAUUAGUUCCCUCCUUGAAUCUUGUCUUCUGGCAAGACAUUAGCCAAAAGGGUCACAAACGGCUGGUGACGAAUGAUUGUUUGCUCUUUCUUGUAGAGGCUGCUGUUUUGCUGUGUACAGAAGUUUGCUGAGUCAUAGGAUUUGGUACUGGUUUUAGGUCGCAUGUUCUUUUGAUCCUUAGCAUAAUAAUGGAAGGUAGAUUUUGUGUUUGUAGAUAAUGCUUGCUUGUAAGUAGUAGGGUUUGUAAUUAAUAAGUUUUCAUGUUUGAGGAGUGAUUUUGCUUUUGGACCGUUUUUUUUACUCAGUACAGCAAAUGUGAGGUAUAAUGAUUUGAACUUCCGACCUUAAAAAGGAGGGAGGACAUGCUACUACGUUAUAUAUUUGAUUCAUAGGGUAUAGCUCUAACACAUUCUUUUUCACAAUUGUAUAAGACUAAUAUUGAACA